UACCGGAAGUUCAUAUGAAAAUAACUCUUGCGGAGCAGACGCGGUGUGGUGUGCGGGCCUGCCUAGUUCUAGAGCUGUUAUGGGCAAAAGAGAUCGAGUGGACCGCGACAAGAAGAAAUCCAAGAAGAGGCAGUAUGAAGAGGAAGAAGAAGACGAAGACGACGCUCCUGGGAACGAUUCUCAGGAGGCGGUGCCCUCAGCCGCAGGGAAACAGGUGGACGAGUCCAGCACCAAAGUGGAUGAGUAUGGAGCAAAGGACUACAGACAGCAGAUGCCACUAAAGGGUGACCAUACCUCCAGGCCCCUCUGGGUGGCUCCUGAUGGCCACAUUUUCUUGGAAGCCUUCUCUCCAGUUUACAAAUAUGCCCAAGACUUCCUGGUGGCAAUUGCAGAGCCAGUGUGCCGGCCUACUCAUGUACAUGAGUACAAGCUAACCGCCUACUCCCUCUAUGCAGCUGUCAGUGUUGGGCUGCAAACCAGUGACAUCACUGAGUACCUCAGAAAGCUCAGUAAGACUGGAGUUCCUGAUGGGAUUAUCCAGUUUAUUAAGCUGUGCACUGUCAGCUAUGGAAAAGUUAAGCUGGUCCUGAAGCACAACAGGUACUUUGUUGAAAGUUCCCACCCUGAUGUCAUCCAGCAUCUUCUUCAAGACCCAGUAAUCCGGGAAUGUCGCUUGAGGAAUGCGGAGGGGGAGGCUACAGAACUCAUCACAGAGACUUUUACAAGCAAAUCUGCUAUUUCUAAGACGGCAGAAGGCAGUGGCGGGCCUUCUACUUCUCAGGGGGUAGAUGCACAGGCCAAAUCUGACAUCCCCAAAGACCUGUUUGAUUUUUAUGAGCAAAUGGACAAGGAUGAGGAGGAGGAGGAAGAGACACAGACAGUAUCCUUUGAAGUUAAGCAGGAAAUGAUUGAGGAGCUCCAGAAGCGCUGCAUCUGCCUAGAGUACCCUCUGUUGGCAGAGUAUGACUUCCGGAAUGACUCUCUCAACCCUGAUAUCAACAUCGACCUGAAGCCCACAGCUGUGCUCAGACCCUAUCAGGAGAAGAGCCUGCGGAAGAUGUUUGGGAAUGGACGUGCACGCUCAGGAGUCAUUGUUCUUCCCUGUGGUGCUGGGAAGUCCCUGGUUGGCGUGACUGCCGCAUGCACCGUUAGAAAGCGCUGUCUGGUCCUGGGCAACUCGGCUGUGUCUGUGGAGCAGUGGAAAGCCCAGUUUAAGAUGUGGUCAACCAUCGAUGACAGCCAGAUCUGCCGUUUCACCUCGGAUGCCAAGGACAAGCCCAUUGGCUGCUCCAUUGCCAUUAGCACUUACUCUAUGCUGGGCCACACCACCAAAAGGUCUUGGGAGGCUGAGAGAGUCAUGGAAUGGCUAAAAACCCAGGAGUGGGGCCUCAUGAUCCUUGACGAGGUGCACACCAUUCCAGCCAAGAUGUUUCGGCGGGUGCUGACCAUUGUGCAGGCACACUGUAAGCUUGGUUUGACUGCAACCCUUGUCCGGGAAGAUGACAAAAUUGUUGACUUAAAUUUCCUGAUUGGGCCCAAGCUUUAUGAAGCCAAUUGGAUGGAGCUGCAGAACAAUGGGUACAUUGCCAAAGUGCAGUGUGCUGAGGUUUGGUGCCCGAUGUCUCCUGAGUUCUACCGAGAGUAUGUAGCGAUCAAAACAAAGAAACGAAUCCUGUUGUACACCAUGAAUCCCAACAAGUUCAGAGCCUGCCAGUUUCUCAUCAAGUUUCAUGAAAGGAGGAAUGACAAGAUUAUUGUCUUUGCUGACAAUGUAUUCGCCUUGAAGGAAUAUGCCAUUCGGCUGAACAAACCUUACAUCUAUGGGCCCACGUCCCAGGGAGAAAGGAUGCAGAUUCUCCAGAACUUCAAGCACAACCCCAAAAUCAACACCAUCUUCAUCUCCAAGGUUGGUGACACAUCCUUUGAUCUGCCAGAAGCAAAUGUCCUCAUUCAGAUCUCUUCCCAUGGUGGCUCCAGACGGCAGGAAGCCCAGAGACUGGGACGGGUACUCAGGGCCAAGAAAGGGAUGGUUGCCGAGGAGUACAACGCCUUUUUCUACUCCCUGGUGUCCCAGGACACACAGGAAAUGGCUUAUUCCACCAAGCGACAGAGAUUCUUGGUAGAUCAAGGUUACAGCUUUAAGGUAAUCACAAAGCUCGCCGGCAUGGAGGAAGAGGAGCUGGCAUUCUCCACCAAAGAGGAGCAGCAGCAGCUCCUGCAGAAGGUCCUGGCAGCCACCGACCUGGAUGCAGAGGAGGAAGUGGUGGCUGGAGAGUUUGGCUCUAGAUCUGGCCAGGCAUCCCGGCGCUUUGGCACCAUGAGCUCUCUGUCCGGGGCAGAUGACACUGUGUAUAUGGAGUACCACUCAUCCCGAAGCAAAGGCUCCACCAAGCACGUGCACCCCCUUUUCAAACGUUUCAGGAAGUGACACCCACCCUGUACUCAGUUGAAGACUGGAUCUUGAAGAGUUGAAGAAAGAGACUUCUUUCUCAGUGUGAUCUUUUCUGUCCAAGACUAUGUGCUUUCCUAUUGACGUAAUGCAAUACCUGUUGACUGACUGUGCUUGGAAACCAGUCAGUGUUAGGGCUGUGACUGCCUUCAUGGGUCCCAGGCUUCAAAAGGAGAGAAAGGCUGCUGUUGUUUUUUAUUCAGACUUGUUAAGAGUGUAUUAUUUCUGUAUAUAAAAAUUAUACCACUUAAGGCACAUUUGUCUUCAUUUUAUUGAAUGAAUUAAAAAAUGGAAUCUGGGGGUCUCUGGAGCUUCAGAUUGAAAAGUAGGCACAUUUUUCCAUCCCUCACCCAGAGACAAUCUCCAAUUGAUGAGGACUUGCAAAUGAAAAUUUAGUUUUCUCCAAGGGAGUCUCACUGGGGGAACAAACUACUCUUAAGGGCAGGCUCUAUGCCCAGCAGUAGAUGCCGACAGGAAACAAACACAGCGGCCUCUUUGGAGGCUCCUUGGCAUUUCAGGGCUUUUCCCUCCUUUCUAAAAUUUUAUCUUAGUAUAUAUCUUUUAAUUUAUAUCCUUCUCACUUUUUACCCUACUGGUCCUCUGUGUACAUAUUGUGAUUUUACGAGAUUUCGAGGGUGAGCAAGCAGGUCUGUGUCUUCUCUUCUGCUCUUUUUCUUGUGUUUGUUUUGUCUUAUAUUUUAGUAUUUAAACAUGGAAUUUGGGCUCUGCAAUACUAAAUCAGCUUACUUUGAAAUGUCACCGACCUAGGAGGUUUUAGUAUUUUACCCAUGAGAGGCUGAGAACUGGGUGGUGGCUCCGUCCAUGAGGCUUGCUGCUUUAGUAGUCCCUCUCUGGAGCCAAGUCUGGAAAGACUGCUGCUCCCUAGGGAGGGACGCCUGGAAAAGGAACGCUUCAGGUAGCAGCAAGGAGAUCACAGCACCAGGGUAAAGAAGGCUGAGGCCGGAGGGAAGGUGAAGCCAGCAAAAGCUGAGUAAUCAUCUCUACCACCAGCCACCCCCUCUGAGAUCUAGGCCCAUGGCAGGUGCCACACAUGGAGUGGCUGCAGUGGCAGUUGUCUGCAAUUCUCGAUACAGGUCAUUAUAUUCUGAGGCAAGUUGAUGCUAAAACCAAGUGCUGCAUGCUUAGUAUUAAUCACGGAUCUAAGAUCACAUGGGAGACACACCCACGGACCUGUCUACAAAGGCGUUUCAAGUUAGGAGAACUGAGGUAGGAAGACUCAACCAACACAUGCACCAUCCUCUGGGCUAGAAUACAAAGGAAGAAGGCUGAGGACCAGCAUCCCUGGACCCUGACUGGCUGCAAUGUGAACAGCCACUUCCUGGUCCUGCCACCAUUACUGACUGCACCCCUAAGCUGGCAGCCAAAGUAAAGCCGCUGUUUUAUUAAGUGUUUUGUCACAGCAAUGAGAAAAACAACUAACACAAUCCCUGAGACCUGAGGCCUGUGUUGUUACACCAAGGGCUGCUGCUUGCUGCUUGCUGUUCCUGCCGUGUGCCACAGAGGGCCACAGAAGCUGCCAGGCACCAGGCAGGAGAGAGUUCUCACCUUUGUCAUUUCUAUCCCCAGGUGUGUAAAUGUGCUUGUGUGGGUGUGUGCACAUGUGCAAAGCCAGAAGUUGAUGUCACAUGUCUCUCCUUAGUCACUCCACUUAUAUUUUUUUGAGCCAGGAUCUCUCACUGAACCUGAAACCUAGUGAGCUCAGUAAGAUGAAGAGACCCAGGGAUUUACCUGCCUCUGCCCUGCACCCAGCCCUGGGGUUGUUAGUGUGCAUGGCCACGCCCAGCUUUAUAUAGAAGUUCUGAGGCUCAAGCAGGUCCUCCUGCUGUGUGGCAGGUGCUGUCUCCUGAGCUCCUUUUCUCUGGUCCCUGCACUCAGGCUCUCUAAGAAGCGUUGGAUAACUCAAAACUCUUCAGCUGUUGGAGUUUUCUGGCCUUACGUAUUGCAUUUGACCUUUUGAUCAUUCAUGAAUUAGGUUUUGUCUGUUUGUUUUCAGUGCUGGGCAUUGAACCCAAGGCAUUGGGCAUGUUAGGUAAGUGCUGUACCACUGGGCCACACCCCCAGAUCAGAUUCUGAGUUACUGUAUUACUGUAUUACUGAAUUACUGUAAUAGAUGGGCUAAGGUUGUAUUUUAUUCUUAGGUGUGGAUAUCCUGCCAUCCCACUUAUGUGGGGUAUUUUUUUCUUCAUUUAAAUUGUAUUGGUCCUUUUUUUUCAAAAAGGAGUUGAUGUGUUAUAUAUAUAUAUCUAUAUCAUACUUCCUCCCUCAAAUUCAGAGACAUUAUAAAAGAGAGGGUGGGAAUAUUGUAAGAACUAGAGGGUAAGAUGUGAAAUAUUUAACAAGCAAUAAAUUUAAAUUUGGUUACGAAA